GUCUCCGAACAGCACAUGCGGGUUCUCUUCCUCGUCUGGGCUCCUGUAUGAAUUUGACGAUUUCUUCUCCGUUCAGCUAGUCUUCUGUGGCGGUUGAGGCUUCUGGAACCUUUGCUUGUGGGUCGUUUUCCAUCUUUGAGUCUAGAAACAGAGCAGAGAAAAAGAGAUUCGUUUUCUUGGUUUCUGCCGGUUUCCGUUGAAAAACGCUGGUGUGCGGCAAACGUGUCAUAGGACACCAGGAUCCUCAGGAGAACUGAUGGCAAAUCCGAAGGUAUUUUUCGACAUCCUCAUCGGGAAGGCAAAGGCAGGGAGGGUGGUGAUGGAGCUUUUCUCCGACAUCACGCCCAGGACGGCGGAGAACUUCCGGUGCCUAUGCACUGGGGAGAAGGGGAUCGGCGGUUCGGGUAAGCCGCUCCACUACAAGGGGUCAAUGUUCCACCGGAUCAUACCGGGGUUCAUGUGCCAGGCCGGGGACUUCACUAGGGGGAACGGCACGGGCGGAGAAUCCAUCUACGGCGCCAGGUUCGACGACGAAAACUUCAGGAAGAAGCACGUCGGGCCGGGCGUCCUCUCCAUGGCCAACGCGGGGCCAGACACCAACGGCUCUCAGUUCUUCAUUUGCACCGCCAAGACACCGUGGCUGGACGGCAAGCACGUCGUGUUCGGCCACGUCCUGGAGGGCUACGAGGUGGUUCAGGCGAUGGAGAAGGUGGGGUCUCAAAGUGGGUCUACGUCGUCGCCGGUCCUCAUUGAAGAUUGUGGGCAGAUCUCUUAGUCCCCCGCCCGAAAUAAGUCUUUUUAUGGUACCACUUGUAGGAAAACUAAAUGAAGUUUCAUAAGAAAAAAAAGGAAAAUCAAUUGAAGUUCUUGUUUUUCGAA